AUGGCAAUGAAAUUGGACAUGGAAGAAGGUUGUCGAACACCAAGACACAGUGGAUCUCGGAUACUGUCAGCCGUAGCAUGUCCAGGAGCACCAAAAAAGAAGGCGGCGAUUAGUUCAACGAAGAUGAAAGUUCCACCAAAAAAUGUGAAGGAAUACAGAAGACUUAGCUUGCACUAUUUGCAUAAAGUAGAAGCAGACGAAGACGGAAUAAACAACUUCACCACUCGACGGAGGACAUCAUCCCAGUCUAAGUUCAGAGAGACUUUCAAGAAGGAAAAUCCAAACAACAAAUAUGUUGAUGUGGUGAUGUUAUUAGAUGAAACAAUUGUACCAGGAAAGGAAAGCUUAUGGAUUCUGUAA